CGGUAAGAAGUUUGAUCUACAGACUAGAGAGCCCCGCUAUUCAUUCAUUCUCAACUUACUCAAUGUCUCCUUCGGAUCAUGCUGCAACAGAGAGGCCAGUUUCCAAAGGAGCCCGUGACACAGCUGACACUAACAAUGCCAAUGAAAAUGGUGUUAUCCCAGUAGACUCUGUAAUCAGGGAUACUGGUACCGUUAACAAAGAUAACAAUGAAGAAUACAAUGAGGGUAGUACGAUAAAUGUUUCAGACGAAAUCUUGACUGUUGGGAAUUUCGUUGAGAGUGAAACACAAGGAGGGCAUGCCCACUCUGAAAACCCCAAAGGUGCUAAUGAUGACGAAGAUGAUGACAACGUGGAAGAUAUCGGGAAGUUUAGUAUCGAAAGUAUCAGCAAUAUCAGCAAUAUCGAUCACAUUUCUAUUGAUCAUAUGAACGCAAUCGAUAAUAUCGAUAAUAUAGAUGGUAUAGGCAAUAUCCAAAUUCAUGGUCAAAACAUCAUAAACGAACAGCAAGAUUUCCCCACAAUCGAGGUCAUAAAAACUGUUCAAAGGAAUAGAAAGAAGCGCCAAUUUUCUACGAUCGAAGAUGAGGAGAUGUCACGCUUAGAGUUCCAGCAAUGGACCUCAGGGUUUCUGGCUGAUGAUCUAGAGGACCCGAAUGUCGAAGUUUCUAUAGAUGACGUGGAGUAUGGAUUUCCGCAAACCACUGCCGCCCAUUUCACAGAUGUGGUUGAGGACCAAUCCAAUGUUGGCUCUGGAAAAAGAAGGAAAGUUGACAGGAAAAAUCAGAGAAAAACAUUCAAGUCAGAAAAGGAACAAACUGCAAAGCUCAGGCACAGUAGUGAAGGCCAGAAAGACAACAUUGAAAAAACCGCUGCAUCUUUUUACAUUAAGCAUACCGAAGAAGGGGAUGAUGAAGUUGAAAUGAAUAGCAAGAUCGGAGUUGCUAAUUCACAACAUAAUGUCCCAAGUAAUAAAGACCAUGAGAUUCAUAAAAUAGUGAAUGAGACUAAGAACAGCCAUCAUCAGUUGGAUGACCAUUUGGUGGAAAAGGAAGAAGACAACGUUGAUCCCGAGUUAGCCAACAUAGACACGAACGCAUUUGUGCACGAUGCCAUGUUGGAUGCACGAGCGUUGGUUUCUCUCAACUCGUUGGAUUAUCUGCGAAACAGAAACGAGGGUAAGAGUGGGUUCGAAGGAGAAGACUCGAGGGGUCAGGAAGAAGUAGAUGAUGAGAAUCUUGCAGUUGAGGCUGUCAACCGUGCUGUCAAUCAGGCAGUUGCCGCUGUUCAUGCAGGUGCAAAUGCAAGAGGAGAUGAGGAUAAGUCAGAUAACAGCCAGGUUGAUGGAGACGUCAACGAUCUGGUUAAUGACAACAACAACGAGCCUGAUGCUGAUGUCAUUGCGGCGGCAGUUGUAGCUGCUGAAAAUUCUGUGAGGAAAAGGAUACAGAGUGUGGGUCUUCCGUCCAGCGUAUCUGACGGGGACAAGCAACUGUUUGAGAUCUUUCAAAAGGAACAUAACAAGAGCGUUGGCGACGGCGAAGACGUCGUUGGGGCAACAGACCCGAACGCUCCGCUCGUGACGCGGCACGGCAUCAAGAACAACAGGGUACUGUCUAAGCUAGGCAGCAAGGCCUCAAGCUCCAAGAAAAGUACUAAGAAGAAGUCAAAAGAGGUGAAGGUAGAAGAGAGCGAAGAGAGCGUCUUGGAGAAAGAGAAGAUUGCCGAAGCCAUAUCGAAGGCGCAAAAGCUGAUUUCCGAGCAGCCCAAGGGCCGAUCGUUCACCAAGGAGGAGGCAGAUGCGAUCGAGGUGUUCAUCAAGGAGUACGAGAAGAUUCACGACAUGACGCACGAGAAGUUUCUCCAACGGAUUUGGGGGAACGAGCGUAAGAAGGACAAGUUCUGGGAGAUUUUGCACAGCGUCCUUCCGAACCGCACAAGGUCUUCGUUGUACAAGCACGUGCGCCGGACGUACCAUAUCUUCGAGAAGCGGGGGGUGUGGACGGCGGACGAGGACCUCAGGCUUGCCCAGCUGGCAAAAACCUGUGAGGGCAAAUGGCGGCUGAUUGGCGAGGAGUUGAAGCGGAUGCCGGAGGACUGUCGGGACCGGUGGCGGAACUACGUGAAGUGCGGGUCGAAGAGAAACGUGAACCAGUGGACGAUCCAGGAGGAGUUCAAGUUGAAGAGCAUUGUGGCAAGGGUGCUGGAGGAGGAGCGGCGGCGGCUGCGAGAGGAGGGGCUGCGCAACGCUGCUGCCGCUGGCGCUGGCGCUGGCGCUGGCGCUGGCGCUGUCGACGAGAAGCGUGCCGAUGGCAGCGGGCCAGCCGGGGGCGGCUCUGCGCAGGAGAGCCGGCUCAAGCAGGCUCGCGAGGCCCAGGUCUCGCCGACCAUCAACUGGACGACCAUCAGCGAGCUGAUGGGCGGCACCCGGUCCCGGAUCCAGUGCCGCUACAAGUGGAAGAAAAUCAUGAAGAACGAGAGCGUCAAGAAGCUCCGCGAAAUGGGUCAUGACACCAAGCUCUGGAUGCUCUACAGCAUCAAGCGGCUCAGCGAGAACGACCCGAACAUCGAGGCCAACCUCGACUGGAACGCGCUUGCAUUGAGCGUGCCAGAAGCAUACAGCUUUGCUGCGAACUGCGCCGAGUCCGGCAAUGUUUCUACCGGCGGCAGCCCGACAACGGAGCCGAAGCAGGAGCAGCAGAAGGAGCAACAACAACAACAGCAACAAGAUAACGAGCCUCCUGAGCCUGCUCUGCAGGAGACACCGUCACCCCUCGCGUGGAACGGCGUGGACCUUGCGACCUGUUUCCAGCGGCUCCGCACAACGGUCGACGCAAAGGGCAAAGGCUUUGUCGAGACGAUCGACCUGCUUAUUGCGGCGCUGAGCGCAGCCAGCUACGUCGAUCGGCUCGCCGAGGCGGAAGGCGACGUCGGCGACGCCGGCGACGCGGAAUGAGCAUGGCGGUGCGCGGUGGUGCUUAUAGCCGAUAAGUGCGGGCGGCGCGUUUCCGAAGCCAUGCUGGACGACUCCUCCAGGGGCCGGAGGAACAGGACGACAGCAGUAGGUGGACAAGGACGGCGGAGGGUCGGAGCAGCAGAGAGACAACGGUCGAAGCAGCCGGCGUGGCAUAUGCGUGACAAGUGGUGGAUCUGCCGCCCCUCCGGCCGCCAACGUCGGGCGUUACCUAAUGCAGCACGGCUUGGGAGGAAGCAUUUGGUCGAUCGAAGGCCGGCAUUUUUUCACCGUCGGAGAGGAAAGAUGGUUGUGUACUUUGUGUCUGGUGUAAAAUUUAUAUUUUUCUGGUAACCUUAACAUCCGUGAUUGUCCCUCUGAUCCGUACGGACCGUCAGCUACACCGAUCCUCGAACACCGCACGCAGAUAGAUAUAUCGGCACUGUUAUUGUUUCCGUUCCGCUCUGCCCCACCUGAACCUGGACGUCU